ACAGGCGAUCAUGUGAUGUUAGUUCGGCCCGAUUUUCCGGAUUUACAGCUUAUCCGCCUCCUUCCGCUAUGUACAAUUCUGCCGCCAGCCAGUACUAGUGACCAAUGCCUGAGAUAUCGCCGAAAAGUCUUUAAUAUCUGCGAUAUGAUGAUUACCCAACUGCUGCUGGCAAUGCUCUCAUGGUAGAUUGGAAAAAAGUCCAUGGAAAGAAGGAUAGGUCCGGCGCACCUUCUGAUAUAGCGAGUAUGGUUUCGUAUCUAGCUUCCAAAGAAGCUCGUUUUACUGUGACAGAUGUCAGGUUCAUG